GCAACUGUCAACGGUGUAAGAAGGAAAACCACGCCUUCCCCUGUGAUGUGCAACGACACGGAAGGCAACCUGUUGACAGACAAGACUGCGGUGGCGGCUAGGUGGAAGGAGCACUUCCAGCAGCUGUUGAACGGUGAGACACGAGAGGGAAUCGUCGAGGACAGGAUACACGUUGAGGAAGAUGGAAAAGCUGUGGACCCGCCUACGUUGGAGGAAGUAGCUAAGGCUGUUAAAGAGCUCAAGAACGGGAAAUCCGCGGGAAAGGACGGACUUCCGGCCGAACUUUUCAAGCACGGGAGUACGCGGAUGACCGAGAUUCUGCACCAAAUCAUCCUACGCAUUUGGUGCGAAGAACAGCUUCCGACCGACUGGUUAGACGGGCUCGUCACCCCAAUCUACAAGAAAGGGCAAAGACUCGAUUGUGCCAACUAUCGAGGCAUCACAAUCCUCAACGCAGCGUACAAAGUACUCUCCCGCAUCCUGUGGAGCAAGCUGAGACCGAUGACCGAGACCUUUGUCGGCGAAUACCAGUGCGGUUUUCGAGCGGGUCGGUCAACGACGGACCAGAUGUUCACUCUGCGACAAAUCCUCGACAAGUUCCGGGAGUACAACCUGCAAACACACCAUUUGUUCAUCGACUUCAAGGCGGCGUACGAUUCAGUCAAAAGAAACGAACUUUGGAAGAUUAUGCUAGAACACGGCUUUCCGGCAAAGCUUAUAAGACUGAUUCGUGCAACGCUCGACGGAGCAAAAUCAAGCGUGCGAAUAGCUAACGAGACAUCUGAAGCUUUCGUUACGUUGGAUGGAUUGAAGCAGGGCGAUGCUCUCUCGAACUUACUGUUCAUCAUAGCGUUGGAAGGUGCUGCUCGAAGGGCAGGCGUGCAAAGAAACGGAACACUCAUCACUAAAUCGCACAUGCUGCUGAGAUACGCUGACGACAUCGACAUCAUUGGUAUCGACCGUCGUUCAGUGGAGGAGGCGUUCGUCCCUUUCAAGCGGGAAGCUGCGAAGAUCGGACUGACCAUCAACACUGCCAAGACCAAGUAUCUGGUUGCUGGCAGAGCGCGUGGCAGUGCAGGUGAUGGUGUUUCGGAGGUGGAAAUAGAUGGAGAAAGAUAUGAGGUGGUGGAUGAAUUUGUAUAUCUUGGUACACUCGUGACGUGCGACAACGAAGUGAGCUGCGAAGUGAAACGGCGGAUUAGUGCUGCAAACAGGGCCUUCUACGGUCUUCGUAGCCAGCUAAGGUCCCGCAGCCUAAGGACGCCUACGAAAAUCACGCUGUACAGGACCUUGAUACUCCCUGUAGCUCUUUACGGUCACGAGUCGUGGACGCUAAAGGAGGCUGACCAGAGAGCACUUGGGGUCUUUGAGCGGAGAAUCCUGCGUUCUAUCUUCGGCGGCAAGCAAGUAGGAGACCGGUGGCGCAGGCGCAUGAAUUUCGAGUUGUACCAAGACUACAAACAUGCUGAUAUCGUAAAAGUCAUCAAGCACGACAGGCUGAAGUGGGCUGGACAUGUAGCCAGAAUGUCGGACGAGCGGGCGGCUAAAACGAUAUUCAGCAGCGAACCUGGACGCGGUCGUCGGCUUCGUGGAAGGCCUCGUACGCGUUGGCUGUGUGCAGUCGACGAAGAUGCAAGAGCGGCCAACAUUGUAGGCGACUGGAGACGAGCGGCCCAAGAUCGAGCAUCCUGGAAAUCUUCGAUUAGUUCAGCGUUGGGUCGAUAGACCUCAUGAGCAUGAGCAUGAGCAUGAGCAUGGUUGACUGCCAAUGAGCUGCUACUCCGUUAUUGACAGAUCAGCUGAAGUUAAACAAUGAAUCAAAAAUGAUCAGUGGGAGCCAACCAUCCGUUCACUGUUUAACCCCUGAAGACCCCGACUUUAUUAGUCAAUACCGGCGCCCUCCCAAGAAGCCUGCAGUUCAACAAAAGGGAGGAAUGUUAGUCCGAUAGUUGAAGUUGCAGACUCAUCAAGCACACAGUUUUUCGCUAUAUACUUGUUGAUACCGCUUGAGACCGUUGAAUCCACAGCAUCUCCUUCAAGCAUCACGUGAUUAUUUAUUUUUUUUUGGGUUAGUAGGAUAAGGUAUUGGCUUUUCGAUGCCUCCCGAGCUACGAUGCUAUGGGGAGGACUUUCAUAACAAACCCGUCGGCGAGCCUUCCGAGCAACGAUGCUAUGGGGAGGUCUUUCUAAUUAGCACACCAAAACACUCGCGCACAGGUAUUGAAAUACUGAAUAAAUGUAAUUUUUCAUCACGAUUACCCAGACGACAUUGAUGAUAUAGGAAGGACUUUUUUACAGUCAUUUACAGUAAUACUUAAACUUAUUUUAAUGCAACAAUUCACACGACGUCGUGCCUCCCGAUCAACGAUGAUGUAGGAAGGACUUGAGCUAGCCAAUCAGGAUGAAACACGAAAUAAAAUUCGUUUCUUUUCACACACACAAUGCCACAUAAUUGACCGCGCGUCACCACCCAACUAAUUGAACUGAUUUUUUUCUGCUUGUGGGCAAGACAACCAGGAUGAAACACUAAAUAAAAUUCUUUUCUUUUCACACACACAAUGCCACAUAAUUGACCGCGCGUCACCACCCAACU